ACCCCGCUCCACAUCCCUCGCUUUCCAGCAUUCAAAAAAUUCCCAGUUUUCUGUGAAAAAAGAGUCUCUUCGAUUCUUCAAAAAUGUCGGGCCGUGGAAAAGGAGGCAAGGGAUUGGGAAAGGGAGGAGCUAAGAGGCAUCGUAAGGUUCUCCGAGAUAACAUUCAGGGCAUCACCAAGCCGGCGAUUCGGAGAUUAGCUCGUAGAGGCGGCGUGAAGAGGAUUAGUGGUUUGAUCUACGAGGAAACUCGUGGUGUUCUCAAGAUCUUCCUUGAAAACGUUAUACGCGAUGCCGUCACCUAUACGGAGCACGCUAGGCGUAAGACUGUUACCGCUAUGGAUGUCGUUUAUGCUCUCAAGAGACAAGGAAGGACUCUUUACGGUUUCGGCGGUUGAUUUUGGAUUUUAGGGUUUCUUUUUUGUGUAAAUCUUUUUUGUAACAGUUUCUUGUAGGCUUUUUUUCUUGGAUUUUCUCUUUAGUUUAAUGUAUUUUUGUUUCGAAUUUCGAUGAAUUUCUCUGAAGAUCUCGUUUCAAAAGCUAA